GUUACUCCACCAUUGCCCUGGGCAGCCUGAUCCAACGCCUGACAACUUUUCCAGUGAAUGAUUUUUUUUUUUCUGCUAUCCAAUCUAAACCUCCUCUGGUGCAAUUUGAGGCUGUUUUCUCUUGUCCUGUUGCUUGUUAAUUGGGAGGAGAAGAGCCUGACCCCCACCUGGCUCCAGCCUCUUUUCAGGGAGUUACAGGGAGUGAGAAGGUCUCUCCUGAGCCUCCUUUUCUCCAGGCUGAGCCCCCCAGCUCCCUCAGCUGUUUCUCAUCACACUUGUGCUCCAGAGCCUUCUCUGGACAUCUCUUACAGACAUUUGUCCCCAAGGGUGGGUUGACUCCACAUUUUAAAAUCUUCACUGUAGAUUGUUUUGCAGGGUAUGCACAGCAGGCCUGCUUUACCUGGCUCUUACACAGGGCUCUUAGCAAACUCCCAACCACCUAAUAAGCUUUGUGAAGGCUCAAAAUAGUCAUGUAUCAAGUCUGAUUAGAAACUGGGACUUCCUCUUUAAAGAGCAAGAGAUCCAGAAUUUAAGAUCUGCUUAGUCUGACAUUUUUCCACAUUGAAGCAGCUGCCCAGACUUGCAGACUGUUUGCUGCUUGGCACUGGAUGUUUUCACCCAAGAUCCUUCUUGAAACAGGAGAGUUUUCUACCACCACCUUUAGUGGUGAUGUAUUCCAGUGAGGAGCUUCUGUUUUGGACUAAUUGGUGCUGCUGUAGUUGAGGAGGAGCUCCUACAAGAGAGUGUUUAAUUCUGGCUGGUGUGUUAGGACAGGGCUGGAGAUGGCCUGGCCAUGAAGAGUGUAUUAACUCAGUAUAAUUGGGAAUGGGUUAUGUGUGGGGAUGGAGAGAGAAGUUGGAGCUGUAGCUGUUCCUCCAUGUCAGGCACUGCAUGGUGCUUUGAAUCAAUUCAAGGCAAUGCCAGCUCAGAGACAAUCUGGCUGCCAGCCUCUCUUCCACAGCCCUGCUGGGACUGUCUUCCUUGGAGAGGAGUCAUGGCCUGUGGGGUGGCAACAAUUUGGAAGCACUUGAGUCCUCUGGACCCUCUUGCAAGAACAACCCAGGCUCCUCAAAAACUUUCUGCCUUUUCUCCCCACUACCCCCAUGGAAAUGCUGCCUGCUCAUGAAAUUUCAUCCUUGAAGCUGUAAAACUCCUCUCUGUGGGAGCUGUGCUGAGACCUGCAGCCAGUUUAGAAGGCUCCAAUGUAUUUGUAAGUUCAUGUUUGCUGCAGGCUGAGCUGCUAAGCCUUCCUGCAGGCCUGGAAAUUCAAGCACUCAAGUAAAAAGGACCCUGGAGGAUUUUCUGUGCCUGUGCUCAUUUGCCAAGCAAGGAAGCUGUUUCCGAUGGCUGUAUCCUGCACAGCUCUCCUGAGAUCUCAUCCUCUGGCAGGAGCCUGGGCUGGUGCUGCCACAAGGGCAGUGUGACAGCUCUGCCUUGGGAAGGAGGUGUGGAGAAAGGAGACUUUCAUUUCCCUCAAACUCUCCCUGUGCAGGGGUUUUCCAUGACCAGCACAGGGAUGAAUGCAGUCAGCAUGAGCUAGAGGUGAGUGCUUGUCUUCCAACCUGGCAGCAGGGCUUCAGCUCCCUAAAUCCCUGUUUGCUCUGCAUUGUCUAAUGCCCUGUUGCGAAACCACGUUCGAGGCAAGAAGAAUGAGAGAGUUUGUUGUUGGCUUUCACUGGGGGCUGGAGCAGAGGCUCAGCACUGCCCUGCCAGUCCCCUCCUGCCUGUGAGGUGCUCUCCUCGCUCUCCUGCCUCUGUUGGGUUUGUAUCCUGGUAACUUCACUUGUGCUCAGGUGCACAGAACUCCCUGCGGUCCCUGGAGCUCUGGGAAGCAUGAACAAAACUCAUCCCCAGAGAAACGGUGAUGUAGCUACUUUUGGUUCAACAGAGUCCUCCUCUGGAGAAAGAGGCUGCUGCCAUCCAUGUGGUGCCCGUGCUGGCUGCACACAGAGACACCUCUGCAUCUCUGCCCUGGCACUGCUCGUCCUCGCCGCCGCCGCGGCCUCGGCAGUGGCAGCCCUGGCACUCCUGCCACGAGCACCAGUGAACCGCCUCUGCACAGCCCCUAAUAACAGGACAGGCUUCUUGUGUGAUGACAGAGUGACUUGUGUCCCUGCCAGCUGGGUCUGUGACAGAGUCAGCAACUGCAGGAACGGAGAGGAUGAGCAGGAGCAGCUCUGUGGUGACUUGCCCCACAGCCUGCCAGGAUACCUGGUUUUCUACUGCAGCAACCCCAGGUCCUGGGUUUAUGCUGACCAGAGGUGUAACGGGAUGAACGACUGCGGGGACUGCUCGGACGAGACGUGGAGCUUGGCUGCCUGCCCCCCGUGCGGGCAGGAGUGGUGGAGCUGCAGCCCUGUGCACUUCGAGUUCUGCUCCUGCAUCCCCAGGAGGCUGUGCCGGGACGGAAUCCAGCACUGCCUGGGCUGGUCCGACGAGUUCCUCUGCACAGCCUGAAUCCUGGCACCUGUCCCUGCUGGGGACAGCAGGGUGCUUCCCACUCGUCACCCUGGAGCCUUGGGGUCCUGUCCUGCCAGCCCUUGGGAAGCUCCAGCCCGAGCAAAUCCUCCCCAGCAGCGCAGUGACACGGAGCAGGGACCAGGGGCCCGUGGCAGCCCUCGGCUGGACGCUGGCUGUGGGACAGCUGCCAGGAGCCUGUGCCAUGUCAAGGUGACACUUCCUUCAUGGGCAGCACUGACUCGAUGCUGGGCUGGAGAGGCUUCACCAGCCACA